UUCUCCGCUCAAUCCGUGCGGCACGAGAUGGACGAGCGGCCGGCGCGCUCAUGGACAGGGCGCAAAGUCUGCAAGGAGACCAAAUUGAGACUGCGCGUGCUUUUCCUGGAUGACAGCGAACGCACCUUCGAGGUGGAGGCAAACAUUUUGGGCUGCCACUUCUUCAACAAAGUGUGUGCUCACCUGACGCUCUUGGAGAAGGAAUACUUCGGACUGGAGUACCGUCACCAGGGCGGCAACUACGUUUGGCUGGAGCUGCUCAAGCCGCUCGCAAAGCAGAUUAAAGACACCCCCGAUCUGCUCUUCAGGUUCAUGGUCAAGUUCUUCACUCCGGACCCCAGCCAACUCCAAAGGGGCCUCACUCGGUACCUUUUCGCCCUGCAGGUCAAGCAGGACCUGACCAACGGCAGUCUGACCUGCAAUGACAACAGCGCCGCCCUGCUGGUCGCCCACAUACUGCAGUCAGAACUCGGGGACUACGAUGAGGAGCUGGACUGUCAGCACCUACAGAUGAAGCGCUACGUCCCCAACCAGGAGUACCUGGACCACAAGAUCCUCGGCUUCCACAAGAAACUCAGAGGCUUGUCCCCGGCCGAGUCGGACGUCCACCUGCUGGAGUUGGCCAGGAAGCUGGACAUGUACGGCAUCCGGCCGCAGUCGGCCAGCGACGGCGAGGGCGCGCGCAUCAAUCUGGCCGUUACGCACUCGGGCGUGCUGGUCUUUCAGGUAGCCGUUUUGGUUGCGCUUCCGACGAGCCUCUGCCAGCAGACGCCGACUUUGCACGCCUUUGCUCAGGGAAACGCCAAGAUCAACGCUUUCAGCUGGGCCAAGAUUCGCAAACUGAGCUUCAAGCGCAAACAUUUCCUCAUCAAGCUGCAUGCCACUCUUGGGCCGUCCCGCAAGGACACGCUGGAGUUCUGCAUGGCCACUCGGGACGUGUGCAAGGCCUUCUGGAAAAGGUGCGUGGAAUACCACGCCUUCUUCCGGCUGGCCGAGGAGCCCGGGGAGGCACGGAGGAGCGCGCUGCUGUCCACCAAAGGCUCUGGCUUCCGAUACAGCGGGCGCACACAGAAGCAGCUGCUUGCAUGUUUGGGAUCCAGCCAGAAGAAGCCUCAGCGAUCGGCCAGCACUCGCCGCCGGGCAGAAUCCGACUCCCGCCAGUGCCGAUCUUCCCCCGAUCUCCUGGCCGCCUCCCAACAGUACGAGGACGCCUUUGCCCGGCCCAGUCCCUCCUCAGAGGUCAACCGGGCCUACGCUGCCGCCGCCGCCCCCCCGAGGUGUCGGAGCCUGGCCCGGGUCACGCCCCUCUGGCCGCAGCGGGCGGACGAGCGAGCGCGGAUAUCGGGCGCCAUGGGACGCCGCCGGCCCGUCCCGCAGGUGGCGCAGCAGCUGGUUCUACUCUACCCUCGCACUCCCGCCUACCAGUACCACCCGGUGCUCCCCACAUUCCCCCAGCCGUAUUUCUCCUCCGACUGCGCCGUCUCGCUGGAGUGCUUGCCGCAGCCGAGCAGGCGGGACGGACGACGGCGGCCGUCUUUGUACCCGCCGGUCGGCACGGAGGCGGGACAUUACAGCGACGACUGCAACUUCCUCCCGGGGCUGCCUCGCCGACGGCAAGCGGACGGCCACUUUCGCCUGCCAUCGUGCGAAUUGCGUCCCCUGGGCUACUAUCCCCACUUGACGCGACCAAGCAGGCCCACGUACCUGCCGCUCAACGCCGCCGCCUCCCCUCUGCCUCGAGGCCCCGCGCGGAGCCGCAGUGAUUCCGAGCCCCGAGUUGGACGGCCGUGCUACGGAAGGCCCGGCGGCGGCGGCGGCGGCGGCGGGGGCAGAGCGGCCCGGAUGAGCUUCUCUUCCGGCAGCCUCCAGCUGGACGAGGAGGACGAGACAAAAGAGGAGAGGAAAGGCGCCACCGAGGUCACGCUCUAGCACGCAAUAAACCGAGACAAACAACGUUUGGAAUGCAUCUUAAAUAUUUAUUCAUAAAACUCUAAAGACGAA